CUAUCAAACAUCUCCAACUUUCUUGUUUCCAAUCUUCAAGAGAAAACACAAUGCUCAGUGCUAACAAACUCAUCAAGAUGGCUAGAAAAUGGCAGAAGUUCGCAGCCAUGCAAAGGAAGAGGAUUUCACUUCCACGAAAUGGAAAUGAUGCAGACAGUUUUAGUACGUCUUCAUCAUCUAUAGCCGGAAAAGACCAGUUUGUAGUGCAUACAACUGAUCAAAGGCGCUUUGUGAUUCCAUUGGCAUAUCUGAAAAAUGAGGUCAUUUUUCAACUUUUGAGCAUGUCUGAAGAAGAGUUUGGGAUUCCAAGUGGCGGCCCUAUUACAUUGCCGUGUGAUUCAGGUUUCAUGGACUACAUUGUUUCACUAAUCAAGAAAGGUGCAGCUGUUGGAGAUCUUCAUAAAGCAUUGCUCCUAUCAGUUACUAAUUCAAGUUGCUAUUCAACUUCUUCUUUGCACCAAGAAUUGGGGAACCAACGGCUCCUUGUUUAUUGAUUCAUUAUCAUUAUCUUUAGUAAAUGAAAGCUCAAAAUAGAUUGUAUAUCAGAUUAGAUGUAGGUAACUGAAAAUAUGUGUAACAAAUGGAAUCGAGCUUUAUUUGAAAUUUACCCAGAUUAAAGCUUUCGAUUCUCAAUUUGGUGAUUGAAAACUUCUAACAAUUCUCAUCUUGGCCAUGAAACUAUUUACAGGAAAAACUUGUCUCUAUCCAAGUAGUCAACUUUGCCG